CUGGAGAAGAGGACCCCCCCACCCCUGCGUCCCGUCGCCGGCUCCGGCCCGUUUUUCACAGACCCCUUCUUCCUCAUCGAGACCCUGUGCAUCAUCUGGUUCUCCUUCGAGCUCCUUGUGCGCUUCUUCGCCUGCCCCAGCAAGCCCGAGUUCUCCCGCAACAUCAUGAACAUCAUCGACAUCGUGGCCAUCAUCCCCUACUUCAUCACCCUGGGCACCGAGCUGGCCCAGCAGCAGCAGCAAAAGCAGCAGCCUGGGAGCAGCAGCAACAAUGGGGGCCAGCAGCAAGCCAUGUCCCUGGCCAUCCUCAGAGUCAUCCGCCUGGUCAGAGUCUUCAGGAUCUUCAAGCUCUCCAGGCACUCCAAGGGGCUGCAGAUCUUAGGGAAGACUCUCCAGGCCAGUAUGAGGGAGCUGGGCCUCCUCAUCUUCUUCCUCUUCAUUGGGGUGAUCCUCUUCUCCAGUGCUGUCUACUUUGCAGAGACUGAUGACCCUGACUCGCUGUUCACCAGUAUCCCUGAUGCUUUCUGGUGGGCGGUGGUGUCCAUGACCACUGUGGGCUAUGGGGACAUGUAUCCCAUGACCAUUGGGGGCAAGAUUGUGGGCUCCUUGUGUGCCAUCGCUGGUGUGCUGACAAUUGCCCUGCCUGUACCUGUCAUCGUGUCCAACUUCAACUACUUCUACCACCGAGAGACUGACCACGAAGAGCAGUGCCAGUACACCCAUGUCACCUGUGGCCAGCAACAGUCACCCUUCUCUGAGCCCAAGAAGGGGGACAGUAAUCAGUCCCUCAGCAAAUCUGAAUUCCUGGAAGCAGAAGACCUGGAGUCCAUGAAAUAUUCCAACUUCAUUCCUCCUAAUAACCAGGGAUAUAAAGAGAAGAAAAUGCUGACAGAGGUGUGAUGGGUUUUGUUGUCCUGGGUCCAGACACGGAGCUGCAAGCUGCUUUUACAGUCGUCUUCCUACAAGCAGCUGGAUCUAUUCAGCAUUUACAUGCCAGACUGUGAAUUGUGAUACCGUAAACAGAAUGAUUGUGAUAAUGGGCUCUUCUGGCCUGAUUUGCUGUUUCUCAUUACUGUGUGCAGCCAGAAAUGUUCUUGCUUUAUUCUGUGGAGUGCUAGCUGUCAUCCCCACUCCCUUGUGCAUUUCUCUCUCUGCUUUUGAUGACUGCUUUAGUCCAUCGUUUGCUCCGAAACCAAGUCUUGUUGCUCCACUAGCAGAGAAGUCCUUACCACUACUUCAGCAGCAGCAUUCAGCAGCCUAAACAGUUAAAGGGGCUACAAACAUCUGGCUCGAGCUGUGCUUUCAGUCCUUGUGCCAGCGCAGUGCCCUUGGCUGUGGGAUCAGUCACGCCUGCCAUGCCAUUGCCUUUGAAUAAUGGAAACGCUGCAGCCAGGAUCACAGGGAGCUCUGCAGCUGUAGGGGAAAGCCAGCAAGAAGAUGCCUGCCUUCUUUGCAACCCUUGGCUUGCUAAAAGAUCCUCCUGGUUUGUGUUUAAAAAAAAAAAAAAAAAGGUGCAUAAAUCGAAAAGCUCUUUGCUACUUGUGACCAUGCAUCAUGCAUCAAAAACAAGCUUAAAGCAGUCAACAGGCUGGGUGAAGAUUCUCUGGGUGUUUUGAGCUUAUCUCAGCCUUAUUUAUGCCAGUGCCCUGAUGUUAAUUGGCUUUUAUAGUACCAACUCAAUCUUCAUAGUGGUAAGUGCCUUCUGAUGCAAGGCGUGUUUGAGUAAAUUCAUUUGUUAUCUGCAGAGUUCAUCUUCACACAAUAGCGUUUAAUGAGAUGUGCUUUGUGCUUCAGAUACCCAGCUCUGUAUUCAGGCAUGUGAGAGCAGUUGACUCCGCUGCUUUUUUUAAUUGAGCAUUUGUGUUGCUGAGGGAAGUUUGCAUGUUGGCGUUUUGUUGAUGUGGCAGGAAAAUCCUGACCACAGACAGCUCUGCACCUGUGCUGUGUGAGGAUCGCGCUGGUUUAGCAAGUCACAGGCAUAAAAUGCCCCAGGGCGAGUGUGCCAACAGUUGAAACUGAGACUGGCAGGGAUACAAACUUCCCUAAGCUGUCUGCACAAAGCCAGCAGCAUCCUCCAGACCCUUUGAAUGAGGGGAGAAAUGGUGAGCCCUGAAGAGAUGCUUUUGCUGUAUUGCUGGCAUAGCCAGUUCCUGGCAUUUCAUGGAUAGGAGGGACAGCAGUGUUUUUACACUUGGUUUUAUGAGAGCAAAUUGUGCCAGCCAUGCAAAAUAUGCAUAGUUGGGCCCGCACUGCCAGGUUUGCCACGGGACCAGAGAUUUCGGUCUUCAAAUACACGUAUUGCUUCCCAGAUAAUUUCAUUAGUUUCAGUAGCUAUUCCUUACACCUAACUUUAAAAAUGUUUUGAGCUCUGCCAGCAGGUGAGAAAGGGAAAUGGAUGUUUUCAGAUUCCACUGGCAGAUUUUCCUGCAAGGAAAAGCCCUUCUUAUUUUAAUUCUGAGUGUUUAUUCUGCAUUCAUACAUCUGCAUGUGUAUGAAAGCAAAGGCAGCCAUUAAUGCCUUGCAUCACACUGUAUGAAAUGCAUAUUGGAAUGUACUACAUAUUGCAUGGGACAUGUGUGAUACAUAAACCAGAAAUAAUGCCAAGGUGCAAAAAUACAGAGAAUAGAUUUUGUACAUAUAUUGUGCUUUUCAGCCAUAAGACUAAGAAUGCUAAAUGCAUAUCAUAGAAUCAUAGAAUGACCUGGGUUGGAAGGGAUCUUAAAGGUCAUCUCUUCCCAAAGAGGGACACCUUCCACUAGACCAGGUUGCUCAGAGCCUCAUCCUUUAAUGUAGUCAAAACUGGCUAUAGAACAGUUUGUGAGGUGGGAUCUGUUUGCAUCUUCAUUACCCUGCCUAUUUUCAGUUGUCUUGAGAUAUGGCUCCAUGCCUAGAGUGCUUUCAUUGUGCCCUCUCUCCCUCCUGGCCCUGCUCAUAUGGUAGAAGUUGUUUGUGCAAAUCCUAACUACUCCAUUCCUCCAGAGCCACAUUGCCUUCACAAUUAUGUUUAGUGUGCAGGGAUCUCUCUUUGGGUCAGCACACUAUUAUUGUAUUAAAACCUCUGCUCUCUCUCUUUCUGAACUCAGCAGGGAAAUGCCACUUGUCUCAGUCUGGGAGGAACAAGUUUGAUAUGGUGAGGGUUCCUAGCUCAGAGGGGUUUGCCUGAAUAAAGCCUAAUUUCUCUUUGCUUCAUGGGACUGAGGCAAAGGUUUGUGAAGGUCUGAGACUUGGGGACUAAUUCUGCAUCCCUUGAUGUGUGUAAUCAGCUGGUUGGUAAAUUGUCUGGGUGAUUAAGUGGGACUGAGGGGCAUGGUGGCAUCUCUGUUGAUUUUGUGUAAAACUUGUCCAGUUCUUGGUGUGUCUUAGUCUUGGUGGUGUUCUUAGUUGUGUUUUGAGGUCACCUUAAUGAAAUCUUUUCUGUGAGGCCAAGAGAGGGACUCUUCUUCAAAUUUUGUUUUGCUAGAAACUAGCAAAAGAAGCUGCUGUUUAAGAGGGAUGUUUCGAGGCUGCUGCCCUCUCCCAGCAGAAUGCCCAUGUUUGGGGAUAUUUUAUGCCUGAGUCUAUCAGCUGAUAAAAGUUCCCCCAAAGUAAGAUAUAAAAAAUUCAGGUUGAACCCAAGUUCAGGAGGAGUCAUGAGACAUGCUGAGCCUACGUCAGAAAAUUCCUGUGCUCAUUUCUCCCCCUGGGCCUGGCCCUGUUGGCCCUGCUGGGCAGGAGCCCUCCCUGCCCAGAACAGAUUUUCUGUGCCCAGAACCAGCACAACAGACAGAUGGGCACCGAGACUCCAGCAAGAAAAAAAGAUGUGAGGCACAUCACUGAUAGCACAAUCCCAGCGUGUCUGCCGCAGAUCCUAUUGGAAAGAGGUGUCCUGCCCUUGGGUGGGAACCAGAAGUGAGUUUCCAGGUGGAAUCCGGCAGUGAGUUUCUAGUGGGUUUUGGAAUCUCCCGCCCGCAGAUUGCACCGAAGGUGCAAAGGAAUUCUGUGGUGAACAAGGCAGCUCUGUGCAGUUUUUGUGAGCCACGAUUGUCAGUUCCAUAAAGAAAGUGCACAUGAAAAUGUGUAAAGCAGGGGUGGUGUUUGCUCCCUGUGCGUUCUGUGUUUGCUCUAAGAGAAAUAUAGAACAACAGCAGAAGCAUGGAACUGUAACCUUGGGAAUCAUUUGGGAAUGAUACUGAAGAAAUCCUUCUCUGAGCACCUCCUGAAAAGCAGUGAAAUCCCAGAGUCAUCAGUAACACCACAUGUUACAGAACUUGUGGAAUUUGACCUUUUUUAAGGAGGCUUCAGUUUGUUUUUUUUUCACAUGACUGAAAUGACACAGUGGCACCAGUGCCAUUGACUUUACCAGAGGUCUCGUGCCACCGAAUCACAGAGAUGCUUUCAAAAACCUUACUUCAAAUUCUUAGCCCUUAGCACUGCCCCUGGCUGCUCAAAAUGCAAAUCUGUUUCCUUCUGAAGGUGAAGCCAAGUAGGCACCUCCAGGGACUUGUUUCCAUAACAACCUCCCGGACUGUUUCUCUCUGUGCUGUGACUGUGGCUACAAGCGAAAGCACUCGACAGAUAUUUUGUGUUCAGGUAUCAGCACCUUAUCUUUACAGAUGUUUUCUUUGCUUAUCGGAGCUGAUCCCAUCACCUUAUAUCGUGUACAACUGCCCUGUCCAACUUCAGGUGGGCAGUCUCCAGCCUUUGAAAGCAGGGAGUGCAAACCUGGAGAUGGGAAGAGAUUUUAUUUGUGUGUCCUUGCAGACACAGAGCUGGAGAGUGUGUGAAGGACAAUCUGAGCACUCAGCCAGGAAACUGAGGGGCAACCAGCCUGUGAAUGUAGAGUCAUAUGGGAGCCUGGUGACAAGGAAUACAAGAAUACAAGCUAAAGCAUUACAUUAAAGACCCAGAAAUUCCUCUUGCAGCAAUCUCACUAGAAAAUAGUUUUGCAGUGGAAGAGACUAUUGCUCCUUCCAGAUCCUGUGGCUGGUUUGUGAGUGUUGGUUCUCCUGAUAAUUUUCCCAUGGCAUUUGCACCAAAGCAGGACAGGGCAAAAAUCAUCUCCUUGGCGGUGGGGAAGGAAGGAAAGGAAGAAUUUUACUGAGGACACCAUUUUUUUUUAAUCCACACAAAGGACUGGAAGCAUGAAAAGCAUGAAGACCCCGGUGGAUUCCUGCUCUUACCUCCAAGAUGAAAUUCCUGCUUCUUCUAGGAAAAUGUUGGAAUUUGGGAUUUUUGAGUAAUUUUUGAUUUGGGCCUUUUGAUCCAGCUUUCACGGAUAAAAAAUUACUGUACAGCAGCCGUGCGGGUGAAGGUGACUGCACUUGGUCUUCUCCCCUGGGUCCUCUCAUUCAAAGGUUCCCUAUGAGAUAAAGAAGAAUGAGUGUAAAGAAAAUUCAGGGCAGCAAGAAACAGGGUAAGGACUGAAGCGUCUUCCAUAUGGUGAUGGAAAGAUCAGCAUCAACCCUAAAAGCAAAGGAACAAAAAGCUCCAGCAUCUGCUGCUAUAGCAGAAAUAGGUCCUGUUUACAUCAGGGAAAGAUCUGCAGAUUGCAGCAGGAGAGAUUGCAACCACAGCUUUCCCAAAAGCUCUCAUCUGGCUCAAGUCCAAGCUGGAUUCUGGAUGCUGAAAGGCUGUCAUAUCAGGAUGCUGCAAAAGAGAUUGUUGCGUCUUCUUCCUGUAAAGUUGUGGAGUUUCUCCUUUAUGGAGAAAAUUUGGUCAGGAAAUUAUUUUCCUUGCUCUGUGGUUUUCUUGUUGCUGUUGCUCUUAAAGGGGUCAACACUCUUAGUUCCAGGAAACUGAAACUAAAUUUGAACAGGGGCUGGAGGAAGGAAGCAGGGAGAAUCCCCUACAAGAUUACAAUGCGUCUUAUUUCUGGGAAAACUACAUAAAACAAGAUUCAACUGCUAGUGGCUAAAUAGCAGCAAUUUAUGAGUUGUUCCUCAAAAGCCCCAGACAAGCACCAAGUCCUGUGGGAAGCUGGAGAUUGACACAGGACACCUCCAGAAGAGUCUGCUGUUGAAACUUCCUUUAAGCCUUUUUCUCAAGUGGAGCAUGCAGACAUGGCAAAUGCAUAAGGUCAGCCCUUAAAAGAGCAAAGAGCUCUCUCUAAGAAAAUCAAAUGAGUGGCCGAAGUCUGUCUAUUUGUCUGACUGUCUUUUUAGCCUUGGACUACUGUGUUUUUCAAAGCUGUGCUUUCAUAACUCAGAUAAAAAGGUAGAUGUUUCAUAUAGCUCUACAAGUAAUAAUCAUCCUGUUCAUGCAAAAUAUCUGCUACCUAAGGGAUGGGCCUAAACCAGAGGUGUUUCUCAACUACUUACAAAGUAUCUGGCUUUAGCAUCUGUACGGUCAGUUUUUGUGAACACGUGAGUCCGUUGCCUGCUCAAACGAAGUUAGCGACUUAUUUUCAGUGGUCGUAGAGAAUUUCACUGAAAUAGCACCAUUUGUAGUCUAUUGUGUGACUUAGGAGGCACAAUUGCCAGACAGUUCUGCAAUUGUAAUAUAAUUGUACACGGUGUUCCCAGAAAAUUCUCUGAAGUCUUAUCCCAUUGCACCGUUGUGAUAAAAACCUCUGCUGCUUUUCAAGCUCCACGAGUCUAUGCUGUGCCAUACUGAAAGUGAGAGAAAACCCAAUUAGCUCUGAAAAGUGAAGGGCAAAGAGGGGUGCUCUGGCCUGGAAUUCCCUCCCUUUGGCAGCAGCAAAGGUCAGCCAUGCAGCCAAAUUUCCAUGACUACAUAUGGAUCCAGCUUGUGUGUGUUGCCAGCUCUCUGCACAGGAGAGUGGGAGGAUGGGUAGGAAGAAUUGAUUCUGGGAGGGGACAGCCUGAGAGGGAGAGUGGAGUUAAAUGUGAUAGCUGAAUAUUCAAGAGGUAGUUUGAUGGAUGCUGGGCAUACAACUUCCCUGGAACUCUUUAUCAGUAACACCCUCUAUAUAUUCCUGAGUGACUUUUAGCCAGUCUGGCAGUUUUCAGCAUCAUUGUGUGAGGGAAAAGAGGUAGGAGGCAGCUGAUCCCUCUGAUUUGGCAACUCUGGGAGUGCAUUACCUCCUUGUGACUGCUGGCUAAGGAUCUGGAUCUCUGAGAAACUUCCUAACUACCUGUAGCUCCCAUAGGCUUGUAGGACUGGGCUUAGAGAAACCCUGAGCUGCCAGAUGGAGGCUGCUUCUGGUGCAGUUCUUCUGAGUAGUCACAGCCAUGGAUGUGAACCUGCAGUCCUUGGGAGGCAAAAUGCACUCCACAAUCCCAAGGGACCUGCUUUGUCCCUCAAUGCAGGCCAGCUGUGGGAAUCCUCCAAGUUCCUUUAUGCUGAUCUGUGUGUCAAGGCCAUGUGGCUGACCAUGAGUGACCAGAGCUACCAUGGACCCUUCCUGCAGGGGCAAUUGUCUUGAGUCAGCAUAGGUGCAGGCUACCUUUGCAAAAGUGUGAUUAUCCUGGGGAAAUCCAUGGGGCAGAAACCUUGGGCCAUACUGUGUGCUCACACUAUCAGUAGGGAUGAUAUUGACAGGGGUGCUUUGCUUUUGGUGGGAAACCUUGCUCUGAUGCAUCAUUCCAAGGAAAACAGCUGGAGUUUGCAGGCCAGGUCAUGUGGUGAGAUAAGUAAUUCCAGUUCUCUUAUUGGAUCUGAGUUAUACAGGUCAGGUCCAACGUUUCUGAGAAAUUGUAGAUGGUGGGGGCUUUUUUUUGUUUGUUUGUUUGUUUGUUUCAUUGAAAACUUGAAGCCUUUCAAAUAAAGAAUGUGAGGUAUAGGGAAUUUUUAGCUGGAGUAUGUGCUUCAGGAUGCUUGCUGCAUUCAGGCUUUGAGAACACAAAUUCUCUGCGGACAAUCCCACGCACAGUGGGAGACAAGGUUAUUGGGCUUGGAAGUGCACCAGGGAGAUGGGACUUGAGUGAGCUUGGAACAGCAAUCAUUAUCAUUAGUGGCAGUGCCAUAGUAUGUGCUUGACUCCAAUCCAGCGCUGCACAGGCGAGAACCUGAUGAAACCUUGUAACUUGAUUUUUGUGGUUGUUCCUGCCAGUGUGAUCCACUGUUGAAUAGGCUAGACAUGAAUAAAAUCAGUAUUUUUUAAA